AACGCGCAGAACAAUGGAAUAGUACCAAAAAGUUUCAAACUUGGGAGAGAAAACAUGAAGAAGAAGCAGAUUGGUGGUUGGACUUGGUUGGUACAUACAUGUAACAUGUCCAUGGCAAAAGUGGAAGCAAUUCAGCCACCUUCUUACUACGUGUUACUGCUUCAAAUCAUGAGCAAAAGAAGAACAUGGGUGUGUGUUUUCGUGCUAGUGUACGGCUUGCUCUUCACAUGUUCGUGGAAUUUCCUCAAGUCCAUGAUUUCGUGGUACGAGUUGCAAGCUAAGUCAUCAGCUUCAUGGUGGCCAGCACUCUAUGCCUCGGUGGUUCUUGGCGCGGUUUUCGGGCUGCUUUCGAUGGUUGCGGCUCUUGCUGUGGUGGUUCCGGUGGUUGUGGUGACGUGGAUCGCCAUCGUGGUGCUGCUGGCUUUCUUUGGUAAGCCUAAGAAGACUUUGGUUGUGGAGGGGAGGAAGAUUACGAGGGAAAUUUUCGGUUUUGUGAUGAGGGUUUUGUUGAAGGAAGGGAACAUUGUGGCUGCUGUUUGUGCUGUUUUGGGGUAUUUUGCUCUUGGGAGAACGAGUGGUAAAGGUGAUGUGUGAGUUUGGUUGCUGAUUCUGAUCAAGGGGUUGGUUAGUUUGUAGGCUUUGGGUAGGUGUGGUGGUUGUGGUCAUUUGGUAAACUGUCUUAGAUUAGAUCUCUUUUUUAGAUUAGGUAGCUGAACUUGUUACCCUUUAGCUGCUCAAAGAUCUUCAAGUUUUAGGGUAAUCUCUCAUGAAUAAUUAAUUUUACAACUUCUUUUGUCUUUUU